UCUCCCAAGAAGGUGGGUGAUGACAUUGCCAAGGCCACAGGGGACUGGAAGGGGCUGAGGAUCACGGUGAAGCUCACCAUCCAGAACAGGCAAGCGCAGAUUGAGGUUGUUCCUUCUGCCUCUGCUCUGAUUAUCAAAGCUUUGAAGGAGCCUCCUCGUGACAGAAAGAAGCAGAAAAACAUUAAGCACAGUGGCAGCGUCAGCUUUGAUGAGAUUGUGAACAUUGCGCGCCAGAUGCGGCACAGAUCCCUGGCCCGGGAGCUCUCGGGGACGAUCAAGGAGAUUCUUGGAACUGCCCAGUCUGUGGGCUGCAGCAUCGAUGGCAGGCACCCGCAUGAUAUCAUCGAUGACAUCAAUAAUGGUGCCAUAGAGUGCCCAGCU